GGGCCUCGGGAAGCACAGCGCUUCGCACACUGUCCGCCAUGGCCCAAGCUCCUCUCCUCCUCCUCGUGGGCCUCGUGCUCUUCGCCCUCUGCACAGGUUUCGUGAGUUCUGUGCCGACUCAGCCACCCUCAGCGUCUGUGGCCUUGGGACAAACAGCCACACUCACCUGCUCCGGUCUUAGUAGUAGCUAUGGUGCAAACUGGUACCAGCAGAAACCUGGCCGGGCCCCUGUGCUGGUUAUGGACUAUGAUAACGACCGACCCUCCGGGAUCCCCGACCGGUUCUCCGGCUCUAAGUCCGGGAGCACGGCCACGCUGACCAUCGCCAGGGCCCAGGCCGAGGACGAGGCCGAUUAUUACUGUCAGGAUAGUAGUAGUGACACAGUGACACAGGAUGGCACCCUGUCCCAGGAUGGAGAGGGGAAACUGCACUCCAGCUCCCCCAGAUUCCUCUGCAUCCUGACCCUGCCACACUCUCCCAUCACCCCCACGAACCCACACUCAUUCUCGGCACAGCUGGGUCCCACCUCUUGUCCCCUGCAGAUCCCCCGGGGUCACAUCUCUGGGGCUUUGGGUGAGCUAAGUGGAUUGGAAGGGAAAAUGGACAGAGAGUCCCACCCGGGACUCCCCAUCUUGGGCCUCUCCUCUCACCGACUGGGCACCCCAAAGUCUGGCAAGGGGACGGACGGUGAAGUCGGCCACCUCCUCCCGCCAACUGCCCAGCAGCAGGAGCCUAACUAA